AUGUCCCAAAAUUUAGGUAGAAAACUGAAGGCAAGCUUUUUAAACUUAGUUUUUAAUUAUUAAUAAAUUUAUAGAAAUUUUCUUAUAUUAUAGGUAUUAUGUUUGCAUGGACAUCACCAAAAUGCCGCAAGGUUUAGGGAGAAAACAGGCGGCUUCAGAAAAGCUUUACAAUCACAUGCAGAAUUCAGUAAGUUAUUUUUGUAACGUUGUUGUUUAGGCUUGGCAAGUGAUUGGGUUGAUUUUACAUCAAAACUAUGUAUUUUUAGCUUUCGUUGACUCUCCAAUACAAGAAGGAUUAGAGCCUCCUGACGGGUCUUCAGAGGAAACACAAACAUGGUUCACAACUAGUCCAGGAAAAACAUACUGGAGAGCCGAGAUCACGGGUAUCUACGAUGGUUCUUUCGAGAAAAGUGUUAGCUUUCUAGAUUCGUAUAUAAAGGAGAACGUAAGUUUUGUUUAUCAUAGGUAAUAUUUUUAACAAAAUGAAUAUAAGGCGGAAGUGUUAUACACCAAAAAGAAAUAUUAUGUUUUUACUGUCCAAGGUUUUCAAACGCAGCGAAUGUGGUGGCUCUUUAAAAAACAUUAUUUUAGGGUCCUUUUGAUGGUUUACUGACUUUUUCUCAAGGAGCUGCUUUUGCUCACGCCAUUUUGAGCCAGAAAAAGUGGGACUUCAAGUUCAUCGUAUAUUGUUGUGGCUUCAUUGCUUACAACGCUUCGACAAGCAUUAACAAAGAUACGAUCACAGGAUUGAGAACAUUUCAUUGCAUAAACAAAGAUGACAAAGUGAUACCUAAUGAUUUAAGUGAGGAAUUGGCAACAGUGUUUGAUUCUCCGAAGUCUGUAGUCAAACAUUACGAAUGUGGACAUUGCAUACCUCCUAUCAAGCUGUGCAAAGCUGACUUUGUUGAGUUCUUUACUGAGAUACGAAAGGAAAUACAACAAAGAGAGUAG